UCCCCACCUAGUUAUUCUCCCCUUAGCUGCGGUCUGGCUAUGGCCAUGCUCCUUCGGGUGGCUACCCAGAGGCUGCCUCCCUGGAGGAGCUUCUGCUCCAGGGGGUCGCAGGGUGGACUCAGCCAGGACUUUGUGGAGGCUCUGAAGGCAGUUGUAGGGAGCCCCCACGUGUCCACUGCUUCUGCAGUCAGAGAGCAACACGGGCAUGAUGAAUCGAUGCACAGGUGUCAACCUCCUGAUGCUGUGGUGUGGCCUCAGAAUGUGGACCAGGUCAGCCGAGUGGCAAGCCUGUGCUACAAUCAAGGUGUUCCCAUCAUCCCAUUUGGCACAGGCACCGGUGUUGAGGGGGGAGUCUGUGCUGUGCAGGGUGGAGUGUGCAUCAACCUGACCCAUAUGGACCAGAUCACGGAGCUGAAUACAGAAGACUUCUCAGUGGUGGUGGAGCCUGGAGUCACCCGUAAAGCUCUCAAUACCCACCUUCGUGACAGUGGCCUUUGGUUUCCUGUUGACCCAGGUGCAGAUGCUUCUCUGUGUGGCAUGGCAGCCACCGGGGCCUCGGGCACCAAUGCUGUGCGCUAUGGAACCAUGCGGGACAACGUGAUUAACCUGGAGGUAGUGCUGCCUGACGGCAGGCUGCUUCACACCGCAGGCCGGGGCCGCCAUUACAGGAAGAGUGCAGCUGGCUACAAUCUCACAGGACUCUUUGUGGGCUCUGAGGGGACUCUGGGCAUCAUUACAUCGACCACCCUGCGCCUGCACCCUGCGCCCGAAGCCACAGUGGCUGCCACCUGUGCGUUCCCCAGUGUUCAAGCGGCUGUGGACAGCACAGUUCAGAUCCUCCAGGCUGCAGUGCCCGUGGCCCGCAUUGAGUUCCUAGAUGAUGUCAUGAUGGAUGCCUGCAACAGACACAGCAAACUUAACUGCCCUGUGGCACCCACACUUUUCCUGGAGUUCCACGGUUCCCAGCAGACACUGGCAGAACAGCUCCAGCGCACAGAGGCAAUCACUCAGGAUAAUGGUGGCUCUCACUUCUCCUGGGCCAAGGAGGCCGAAAAACGCAAUGAACUUUGGGCAGCGCGGCACAAUGCUUGGUAUGCAGCCUUGGCCCUGUGUCCAGGAAGUAAGGCCUAUUCCACGGAUGUGUGCGUACCCAUCUCCCGGCUGCCAGAGAUCUUGGUAGAGACCAAGGAGGAGAUUAAAGCUUCAAAACUCACAGGAGCCAUUGUUGGGCAUGUGGGUGAUGGCAACUUUCACUGCAUCCUCCUGGUCGACCCAGAUGAUGCAGAGGAGCAGAGGAGGGUCAAGGCCUUUGCAGAAAAUCUGGGCAGGCGGGCCCUGGCACUCUGUGGGACAUGCACCGGAGAACACGGCAUUGGACUGGGCAAGCGGCAGCUGCUCCAAGAGGAAGUGGGCCCCGUGGGCGUGGAGACCAUGCGGCAGCUCAAAGACACACUGGAUCCCCGUGGUCUCAUGAACCCGGGCAAAGUGCUAUGAGGAAUGUGUCACCCUUGGCCGGCAAUCUCCAGAAUGCCAAGCCCGCCCCUGUUCUGGACUUUUCCUUCAUGCCAAUGAUCAAGCACGAAAUGGAAGGGCUGAUGCUAUCUAUCUAUGCCUGCUAGGUAGCCUCUGUAGCUGGGGCUCAAGUUGAAGGUGACGGAGCUGGACUCUCCCUCUCACAGAAAGCUGCUACCCUUGUUCUUAGGAGCCUUUUACUGCGGUAGAAAACCCAGGGUGUUUCCCAGUGGGGUGUCUUCCUGGCAGGCAGAGGUGGUGUGGAUCUACUCCAAGCUAAGAUCAGAUCCGUCUGUGGGAGCCUCUCCUCUGCUGGUGCCCGGCAUCAUGACUCACCCUGUAUAUAUGAUGAUAGGAGCGUUCCUUUCCUUGCAGAGGGAGGAGCGUUCCAUCCCGCACUGUUGGGCCGGCUCUUUGGUCACGUGAACCCACCCCGUUUGCAGCUGCAUCCUUUCCCCCUCUAGGUCUCUUGACCUUGGGCUAAAAAGCAUUUGUUUUGGGCCCAUCCCCAGUCUAACUGUAGCCUGGGGAGGGGAUGGAGUUCAAGUUUUGGAAGAAAGUCAGUCCCAGCCCCUCUGCUUUUGCAUACCUGAGGCAGGAGACCUGCCUGUGGUGGAGGUCACCUGACAGCUUCCCCACCAGGAAACUGAAGCACCUUCUUCAAGCUGUUAUGUAGGACAAUAGAAAUACAGAUGAGCUAACCUACUGUGUCCCAUCCCUACCCACGGAAUAAAGCACAAUCCACCAGCGCUUACUUUCAAAGUCAGGGGCUUGCCUACUUUGGGGCCUGGCGGUUCUGAGACUCCCUGGUCAGAGCCCUUGUCUGGAGGUACUUGGCAGUUGUUCCCCAGAUGUCCACGAGAGGGCGCGCAACACCAGAAACCUAGCAGACACUUUUAGGGUGGCCAGUCUCUAGGCAUUUUACCCUUGUGGGUCCCAGUCAACUGUAGUACCAUCUUCUCUACUGCUUGAUAUUUGGGUUGGAAAAAAAAAAAAAAAAAAAAAAAA